UACGAACCCUGCACAAUGAUCAAAGAACACCAGCCUAUAAAGAACCUCUUAAGCAUUCACCCUUUGUUCCUACAUACCUCUCCAUGGACCAUCCCCUCCAAUAAGUAUCGGCCUUCUCCCCCAAUAACCCCAUCCCUCGAGAAUGUCAUUGUCGCAAGCACAAAGACCCCCUCACAAAGCCAAAGACACAAAGAUAUAAAUUCCGCAGUCUCCCACAUCUAGACCCUUUCCAUCCAAUAUAUCUACCCCUGUAAGCUAGCUAAGAAUGUUUC